AUGGCUCCAGCAGUCCCCCGAUUACGCAUUCUGUCAGUGGGCGGUAAUGCCGUCUCGGCCUUCUUAUCAUGGCGACUGCAAGCAACCAAUGCCUGCGACGUCACCCUCGUAUGGAAGUCGGGAUACGAGAGCGUUGCCCAGUACGGCAUAUCAUUCAAAUCCGCCCUGUACGGCAACGAGCGAUUCAAGCCCCAUGCUGUCGUCCGCACACCCGAAGAUGCCGCCCAUUCUUCCAAGCAGCCUUUUGAUUACGUCCUCCUUUGCGUAAAAGCCCUGCCCGAUGUAUACGAUAUCGCCAACAUCAUCGAGUCGGUCGUCUCCCCUCAGCAUACGUGCAUCCUUAUGAACACUACACACAGCCUUGGCGUUGAAUCCUAUCUCGAGCAGCGUUUCCCCACAAACGUAGUGCUUUCAUUGGUAUCGGGAGCAGAAAUUUCGCAGCUCGGAGCUAGCGAAUUCGAGCACAAAGGCGCGACCGACAUCUGGGUUGGUCCUGCCAACAAAAAUGCCAACAUUCCUGCGCAGAUCCAGUCAGACAUGGCCGAGGCCCUGGCCAUGACAUUGAGCUCCGGACAGGUCGACUGCAAGGUCUCGUCCAACAUACGACAGCAGCAGUUCGAGCGAAUGAUAGGUCCAAUCGCUUUCCACCCUGCCAGUGUCGUAUUCGAGACACCCAACCACGCUGAACUCAUGGACAAGGUCGGCGUGCGUGCUCUAAUCACCGGAGUGCUCGAUGAGAUGAUCGCGCUUGCAAAUGCUUCCAACUGCACAUUCCCCGACGAUUUCCGCGAGACAACGCUUCAAGAGAUGACCCGUCCACAGGACAACAACAGCACCAUGUGGAUGGACUUUGAGGCCAAGCGCCCGAUGGAAAUCGAGACGUAUCUGGGGUCCCCUCUCAAGAUUGCACAAGAAACUGGUGUCGCCGUGCCUCGGAUCGAGACGUUGUAUGCUACACUCCAUCACCUCAACAUCGUCAACCGAACACGCCCAGCUGCUCCAGCUCCCGCCACACAAUCUCCUCAAAAUGGCAUGCAACCUCCUCCCAGACAAUCUUCGGCGCCGAUGCCUCGUGGGCCCCCUCCCCAAGGGCCCAUGAUGAACGGUAACGGUAUGAAGGGCGGCCCUCGCCCAGGAAGCCGUGCUCCGUCAAUCAACGGAGGUCCUCCAAUGAUGCGUCGUGGCCCGCCCCCGGGCCCCAACGGUUACCCUCCUAGGAUGAACGGAGGUCCCAACAGGCGUCCCUCCUUCGAGGACCCCGGCAACCUUGAGGAGUUUUCCCACCUCAUGCUCUACGACGACAUGGUUCCAGACGGUGCUGUCAAUGGCGGUCCCUAUGAGAGCGCCGGAGGCUCUUCCAACAACCUGGCACUUCGCGAGAGAGAACUGAUGCUUAGGCAGAGAGAACUCCAGAUCAGAGAGCAGGAGAUGAACAUGCGAGGCGGACGUGGCGGUCCAAUGGGUCCCGGCCCUAUGGGUCCUCCGAUGGGUCCGAUGGGUCGUGGUCGGGGACGUCCUCCGCCACCCCCAUCAAUGGGCGGAUUUGAUGACGAUGAUGACGAUGGCGAUGACUUCUUCGAUCCCAUGGGCGGACGUGGAGGCCCAAUCAUCGACCCCGACAACUUCGACAUGAUGAGCGUCACGUCGCGUCGCAACCGCUCAGCACCCAGCGCUAAGCAGAUUCGUCAAAACCCUGAGGGCGCAGGUUUCGCGCCUGGACCAAACAGGGGCGGCAGGGGCCCAUUUGGACGUCCGGGGAUGAACAAGAAUCGGAGUAGUGCUCGGUUGAUGGCAGAUGUUCCUGGUCUCCACGACUCUAUCAUGAACAACCCUCUCAUGGGCUACUCCUCCGACCGCUACGGACACGUCGAUCGCGGUGCUAUGGGCGCGCAAUCCAGAACCAACUCACUGACAUCGGCUCGUCUAGAUGAGCUUUCAGGGGGCGCAGGCUACGGUGCUUACCCUGCACCAAACGCCCGUCGCAUGAGCCAGUCACCUGGCAACCCGCUCAGUCCGGGCCCGCGACCCAUGGGCCGACCCUCGCCGCCAAACGGCUUCAAUGGCAUGCCACCAAACGGCAUGGCUCCCAAUGGCAUGGCUCCUAACGGCAUGCCCCCAAAUGGAAUGAUUCCUAACGGGCGGCCAUCGCCUCCUGGCAUGAGGCAGCCCAUGCCACGAAACCCUGGAAACGAGGUGGCACCACAACAAGUUGAACAACACGCUGGGGUGAGCAAUCUCUACCCGCCCAAGUCUCGUCCCCAAGUUCGCAGUCUGACUGGAAGCGCAUCAAAUAGUUCCGCUAGCGCAAAAGCAGUAGAUUCCACGGAAAACUCUGCGCACAGCAGCCAAAGCAGCCUUGGACCCCGUCCCCCGGUUGGCGUUCGGUAA